AUGGACUAUGCAAUUGUGGUCUUACUUGUUUUUCUCUGUCAUGAAGUAUUUACUGUUUCUUCAUCCAAAUUACCUCAUCUCUCUCACAAACAUCAAACCAGUUCACUUCUAAAAUUCAAGAACACACUUACUGUAGAUACCUCUGCCUCUUAUCUCUGUCAAGAGCCUUAUCCAAAAACGAGUUCAUGGAACAUGAGCAGAGAUUGUUGCUCAUGGGAUGGUGUCAUAUGCGAUGAAAUGACUGGCCAUGUAAUUGAACUGGACCUCAGCUGCAACAAUCUUGCUAGGACCAUCGAUUCCAAUAGCAGCCUCUUCCAACUCUCACAUCUCCAAAGGCUUGAUCUUUCUCUGAAUAACUUCUCCAAUUCUCAUAUCUCCCCUGAAUUUGGCAAGUUUUCGAGCUUGACACAUCUUGAUCUUUCUGACUCCAAUUUCUCUGGUCAAAUUCCUUCUGAAAUCUCUCAUAUUUCCAAGUUGCAGUCUCUUCAUCUCUAUGGUCGUCUACGACUCAUAGCUCAUGAUUUUAAAUUGUUCCUUCAGAACUUGACCCAAUUAAUAGAGCUAGAUCUUACUUCCAUAAACAUCUCUUCCACCAUUCCUUUGAAUUUUACUUCUCAUUUAACAACUCUUAGGCUGGGAGAUACAACAUUGUAUGGGAUAAUACCUGAGACUAUAUUUCACCUGCCAAACUUGGAAACACUUCACUUAUGGGAAAAUUUUCAGCUCAGUGGUUAUUUUCCAAAGACCAAAUGGAACAACAACACAUCUCUCCAGAAGUUACAACUCAGUUUUGUGAAUUUUUCUCAUAAUUUUCCCGAGUCUAUUGGCUAUCUAACUUCACUGCGUUAUUUGUAUCUUCAAAAUUGCAACCUUAGAGGGCCUAUUCCAGAAUCUCUUUUGAAGCUCACUCGCAUAGAGGAUUUGUACCUUCAAUAUAACUCCCUGAAUGGAACAAUACCAUCAGGGAUUUUCUCCCUUCCAUCACUAAGUCGUUUAGUCUUGAGCAAUAACCACUUUUCUGGUCAGUUUGAGGAUUUCAAUUCCAAUUCACUAAACUUGAUUGAUUUAAGCAAUAAUCAGUUGCAAGGCCAUCUUCCCAACUCAAUUCAAAACCUUGUGAACCUAACAGAUCUUGAUAUUUCUUUCAAUAAUUUUCAUGUGGAUGUCAGCCUCUUUUCAGACCUCAAACAGCUUUCGUAUCUUAGUCUUUCAUACAAUACUAUUGAUGAAAAGGAAGUUAACUCUACUUUGCCUGAGUCACUUGAGUACUUACUAUUGGCCGCAUGUGAAGUGAAAGAAUUGGAGUUUCUAAGAUCUGCAAAACAACUUUCCAACUUGGAUCUUUCAAAUAAUAAUCUUCAAGGAAGAAUUCCUGAUUGGGCAUGGUCUAACUGGAUGUCGUUGAUAACUCUUAAUAUAUCCCACAAUAUGCUGACGAGUGUGGAUACAAUUCCUCUUCAGAUUGUCUAUACUAUUAAUUUACGGUCCAAUUUGCUUCAAGGUUCACUACCUAUUCCACAAAAUUCCACAACAUCUUCAUAUCCUAUAAUUAUCUCAGUGAAGAAAUUCCUUCAGAUAUUUGCAAUUUAA